UUCUAGCCGUUUUUGUAAUAGUAAUUGCAAAUAAUAGCACAAUAAGCGCAACGUGAACAUGUCUGUUAUUCUUUACGGAUGCGUAGCUAUUUCUGCCAUACCGUGGCUUAUGAUGGUAAACCUAAUUAAGAAAAUUAACAGUAUGUUGAAAUUCUGGUUUUGCAACUGGAUGGAACGAAAAGCAACAUAUACAGUGGUGUAUGGGGUGUUGCGACGACAUAUCGCGCAAUGAAACAAGCCUGGAUCGACUACCAAUUUGACAGAAGCCUGAAUCGAAACCCGUAAAGUAAACGUUGUAUGUCAGGGGAGUGCUGCGUUCUCACAAGAUUUUCGCACGCCUUGUUACAACACGGAAGCGUGCUGAGGAUAAAUGGUUCUUGCGAUUAAUCCAAGCGUCCAAAUUGUUCUAUACUUUUAUACUGAAAAUCACAUACGAUGAAUAAGUACAAACAGAAGAACGGCCGUUCCCUCUCUCAUGUUGUUAGGUGAGGCUGUGUGAUCUGAGCCAGACGGUGAGAGAGAGGAGACCAGGAGUCAGCUACACAGGGGGGAAGGAAACUGGAGCAAAAGCCAGACCUAAUAAACCUCUCAGAGCCAACCAAUAAGAAAAGGGCGGACGUCACUUCCAAAUUUCUCCCCCUUUCCCCAUCUUUCACUUGUCUCAACCUCUCCUCAUCUAUUCUUCCCCAGCACCACCCUCCUCUCUCUCUCCCUCCCUCUCUCUUUCAAAGAUGUGGCGAACCAAAGUCAUGGUGGCCAUGGUCAUCGCCAGCAGCUUGGCCCUCGUCCUCUUCUACUCGUCCCUCAACUUGGAAGAGGUCCACCGGCGGAAGGCAUUUGUGGAGGCGGCGAACACAGUUCUUGUCGUGCCAGCCCGGCGCAAUGCUACGCUACACGCUACACUACACGCUACGCUACAAGCGAUGACCACUGGUCACCCACAGACUACUUCCAGGUCCCCGCAGCAGAAGGAGGCAACGGGCAUCUCCAUCUUGAUCUCCACAAAGUUCAUACAGGACGUCCCGAAGAGCAGUGCCUACUGGAACCGGAGGCAGCAUGCCCUCCUGAAGCUGCUGGAGUCGGGUUCGAGCGGAAACGCCACGGAGAACAAGAUCCUCGGCUGGCCUGACUGUGGCACCACUAGCCUGGAGAGGCUGGUGACCAACAUCCAGGAUUUUGGGACCUACCCGCCUCUGUACCAGGUCUUCCUGCAGGGCAUGGAGUGCCGGGACCCCCCGAUCCUGAUCGACCAGCCGGGCAAGUGCACCUCUGAUGAGUGGGAUGGAAAAACCUUCCUCCUCCUUGCCAUUAAGUCCAUCCCCCAGAACUUUGAGAGGCGGCAGGCAGUGCGGAAGACCUGGGGGCGGGAGGGGAGAUAUGAGGGAGGGGUGGUAGUGCGCACCAUUUUCCUUCUGGGUCGCUCCCCUCCUGAGGACCCGGACCUGGGUGCCCUGGUGUCCUUCGAGGCGCUCCAUUACCGGGACAUCCUGCAGUGGGACUUCCGGGAGUCCUUCUACAACCUGACACUGAAGGACAAUGCCUUCAUGAGCUGGGCCGCCAGAAGCUGCCCCGGGGUGGCCUUCAUCUUCAAGGGCGAUGAUGACGUCUUCGCCAACACGCCGGCCAUUCUGGCCUUCCUGCACUCCCUGGAUCCCACCAAAGCCGCCGGGCUCUACACGGGCCAUGUAGUCACCAAUGCCAGCCCCUUCCGUGACGCCAAAAGCAAGUACUACGUCCCCGUGAGCUUCUACGAGGGCGCCUACCCGGCCUACGCUGGAGGGGGCGGGUUCCUGUUCUCGGGCUCCCUGAUUCGCCCGCUCCUGACACUCUCCAGGUUCAUCCCCUUUUUCCCCAUCGAUGAUGUCUACACAGCGAUGUGCUUCAAGGCUCUGGGGAUCACCCCCGUGGCCCACAGCGGCUUCCAGACCUUCGAUAUUCGGGAGGAGGACCGACAGAAUGCCUGCGUGCACCGGGCCCUGAUCCUGGUCCACCAGCGUAGCCCACAGCAGAUGCUCAGACUCUGGAGGGACAUGCACAGCCCCCUGCUGACCUGCUGACCUACUGGGACUCCGGUUCUCCUUCUCUUCACCCCACCCCCCUCCCCCCUCCUCCGAGAACCUGAUCGCAAGAGGUCUUAAAUGACUCUCACGCUAUCACCUGGGGAUGCCGUACCCUAGCAGCCAGCGGGAGGCAGGCCAUGGAUGCUCCAACUUAGAUAUUGCUCACAUUAUCGGAGGGCCAGUUCAGGGACGUGCCUCACUUGUGUUUUCACACAAACGCCUAAUGUUUGUCAAAUUUCUGUUUGAAUGGUGACCUUCGCCUUGAAACCUGCCUUUGUUGAUCUGAUAUGGCUGAUUAGAAAUGCUGGUGAAGCCUGGUGAAGGCAGCAGCCUUAUCGCUCUGAGUCUACAAGUUGGUAUUGCUCUACAGUGUAAUAUUUACAGAGGCAAAUAAGGCCAAGCACCUCAAAGAAACAGCUGGAAUUAAAGCACAGAAUUUAAACAGCAAUAGCUAUUUCGACAACAAAUUACACAUUUCACUUUAUUUACCUUAUUUGCAAACCCACAGCCCUGAUUCAGCAAAUAAUUGAACUAGUUAUAUAAUGAAGAUUUGAGGCCUCUAAGACUGACCCUCCAAUUGUCUGGAUCUUAUGACUUUUUCCCUUGAGUUUACUUUUUUUUUUUAAUUGCUGGAAAUGUUUCAUGCUGGACUGAGGACGAAUAGCUGGUGAAACAAACAAACAAACAAACAAACAAACAAAGUGUUUUGCACAUGACUUUAUGAAGUCUAUAGGAACAAGACCAGACGAGCCCAGUUUAGUUGGAUCCUGAAGUUGCUAAGCGUGUGUGGCAGAAACUAUAUGGGUUGACCCUGUCUGGCCUGUCAGCUCAGAAGUGGAACUGGACCCUCUCUCACUUAAAAAAAAUUAAGAAUACAAAUAUUGGUGAUAAACAUUAUAUUGGUGAUAAAACAGCUUUCCCAUGAAACCAGAAUGUAAUGUCAAAUAUAACUCCUAUUUAUACAUUUUCUUCCUCCUUUGAAUCAUCAUGGUUACGAUAGGGCACUUAAGCUUUGAGAUUGACAUGGCAGAGGCCUUUAAUGUAUUGAUUCUCUUAGCUAUGUCAGGAAUACUGUGGAAACAAACAAGCUGCCAAAUAAAUACCAUCUGCUGCACUGAAUCAA